AUGCAAUUGCACAACAGCGUCACCUCGAGUCAAGCAGCACGAUCAGACGCCACUUCUACUCCAAAAUCAAUAGUGGACGUUAAGGCGUCGACUGCAGCCCUAAGCACAAUUGCUAACCAAAGUGAAAAUUCCGCUAUUCUGUCAAACGAGGUUGUUCCCGAUUGGCAGGAUAAGGGUGUACUUAAACUCCUCAACAAAUCUGCUCCAAUUGACCUGGGCGGCAAGUAUCAGGGUGAGGUGCUUUCACAUCUUCUCGCCUCCGGUGCCAUGCUACCAAAAGCGUUUGAGCCUAGCUUGGAAGAGAGGCCAACUCAAUUAUCUUCGAGACAACCAGUAGCUUCUCUUUCGGAUACAACAAAGCUCCCCGCCAAUCUGAACAGACCCUCCAAUCACAGCGCAGUUUCAGCUAAUCUGAAUUACCAAGGGUAG